AUGAAGGGCCGCCCAGUCGAAGACAUCGUGUACGACCACCUCUACGCCAAACCAAAGGCCAACGAUCCACAAAACUUCCAGGCCUUCCUGCAGCGCAACCUCAUCCCCGAAGUCCGUCAGGAGACGCACGCCUUCUACGGCCACCUCGACACCCAAGAGGCCAAGUAUCCCGGGCUCGAUUACACCCAUCCCACGCACCGCAUCCGCCUGUGCCGCUGGCCAUGGCACCGACGUCUCUUCCGCGCUUUUGACGCCCUGCGCCUUACCGACGCUGAAAUCUGCGGCCUAACCAAGUGGGAGGGCACCAAGUGGGCAAAGGAGAAAUUCGAAAAGGAGCAGGGCAUUACUAUUCGCGAUACAACCGCCGACGAGGUCUCUGACUGGGUGCCGCCGCCCGAGGUCCAGCUUCCCGAGACGUCGUCGUGCCAGACGGAACCCGAGCGAGCGCAGUCGUCUGCCCCUGGAGACUACGCGACCGACGAUCAAGAGGACGAGUACGAAAGCGACGGCGAGUUUGAGAGUGUGGGCGUGUAUCUGAACGAGCGGCUGCGCGAUCGUGCAACCCGUCGCGAGGCCGGGGAUACAUCUGUCAUCUUGGACGAAGAGUGGGAGCAGUGGCUCAAGAAUGCAAUCGACUCGGGGGAGCUGGCCUCCCUGACGGAGCAAAUGACCGAACAAAUGAUGCGCAGGGCAACCAGCACGUCUGCCAUCCCCCCGCGAAUGCUCACCGCUGCCCGGCAAGGUCAAUGGUCUGAGAUCCCUGAAGCGCUGCACCCAAUGCUACUUCGGAGCCUGGAGUCCGAGCAGCAGGGUGUGCGUGCCGAGUCUCGUCGACGACUUACCGGGACUGAUGCGCCGAGAUCGUCCUUGCCUAGGGCUACUCGGCCUACUAUUCGGCUACCUAAUGCGCAGGAUGCAUUUUGA